AUGUACAAGCAAUACGUGAUCGUCGAACCCGAGGUGACAGCGGUGGGUCGCGAUCCGCGGGACGAGUUCCUGAUCCUGGCCACCGCCGGGCUCUGGGACAGCGUCUCGCCGGUGGAGGCGUGCCGCGUGGUGGAGCGGAAGCUGCGCAGCAGGUCGCGGAGCGCCAUAGCGUGGGGGGCGGCGCCCGACAACAACAGGGUCUCGGCAACCAUGCUCGCCAAGGAGCUGGCCCAGCACGCGGUCCGCGCGGGCAGCACGGGCAACGUCAGCGUUAUCGUCGUCCUCUUCAGGGACGAUCCCGCUGCCACGGCCUCCCCUGCUCCGGUGUUGGCCAGCGGGCGCGUCCAGCGCCCGCGGCGUGGGUGUCGCUCGUGUGGCUCUCCGUGA